GGUGGAUGGCGUGUGCGCCAGCCGGUAGGCCACGCUAUAGGUCGUCCCGGCGAAGGCGGUGACGAUCCAUUGAGGCGGCGGCUGCUGGGUGCAGGGUGGUUCAUUAAUUUGGUUUCGUGUCUAUUACAAACCUUUUGAUGUACUAUUGUCAGCCGUAUGUUGUUUGAGAGAGAAGGCACCUCAUCUUAUAACAGUGAAUGCCCUCAGGAAGCCUUGCAAGCAGUGUCAACUCUAAUUUUUACCGCUGCUAGAUUUCCUGAUUUGCCUGAACUGUGUGACCUCAGACAUGUGUUAACGGAGAGAUAUGGGAGUUUCGUUGACCCCUUUGUUAGCUCUGAGUUUGUUCAGAAACUUCAGAACAAGUCAUCUACUAAUGAACAAAAGCUGCAAGUGAUGCAACGCAUAGCUGAAGAAUUCUCAGUCCUAUUUAAUGCCAACGCAUUGGAACAUUGGAAUAAUAGAUAUCUGGUGUACCUCAAAAUAGACAUGAUUAUUAAAACAAGAGUUCUUUUAAAUGUGUACAAGUUGAAAAAUCAGCAUGUGAUGAGUUGAAGGUGGAUAGACAUCAUGAAAGAAAAUCGAAAGUGACACCUGAAGUCUAUGAAAAGAAGCAGGAAAUGAUAAAGCCUAAAGAUAUUCAUGUAAUCCCUGAUGCUGUUGGUCAGCUUGUUGAGAAAAGCAGGAAGAACCACUCAGAUAUACCUUAUGAUGUGCCUCCUUUAGACUUGAAGCUAAUUAAUGAUUAAAAGGAACUAAAGAAAGAAAAUAAAAAACACAAUCAUCACCUAAUGUUCACAAAACGUACCUUAAAAAAUUUUCUUCCUCUAAUAUUUUUAUUGCCAAGGUCUGUUUAUGGUGCCGGUGAUACUUUUAUUCCAACGCUUUCUGCAGUGGGUAAGUGCCCUUUUUCUUCCGAAGGGUACUGCGUUACAGCAGUCAACCUACAUUUUUAGCCUGCUUUAUUGAGUUCAGCUUGUUUUAUUAACUGACAAAUAUAUCUUUUUAUGUUGCCAUAUCUUAAAGAAAUUACAAGUAAAUGUAACUAGUCAUGUGGUUUUUCAGGUACAUAUUUGAUACCUUUCGGGUUCAUCGUCCAACCGCUGGUGGAACUGGACAUGUGGACAGCAUACAAAAAAAAAUGCUCUGUAAUUCUGUUGUCAGCUUAAAAUUCAUUAUUUGUGGUUUGCUUUAAUAUUUCGGUCUGCAGCUUUGUUGUCCACUUUAUUGUAACUGCAUGGCUGUUUCUGCAAUUUUGCUAUCGCAAUUCUCUGUUGUUGAUAUUUUUCUGCGCUGUUUCUACGUUUAAAUAUGCCCCUUAGAUGAUACUUUCUUCUCUGGCCAUACCUGUCAUUUUACAGCACCGAAUAUUGUUGCCAUAUUUAUAUAUAUAUCUGAUUGUUUUCUCAAUGCUAAUUAUACUGUUACAUAACAGUGUUACAUUUUUUUGUUCUAAUGUCUACCUUUGUAGGUCAUAUUCAAUUAUUCUUUCGUUGCAAAGCACAUUGAGGAAGGGAAUUUCAUCACUGUCCCUUGGAGAGACGACUUCCCUCAAAAUGCUCGUCUGUUUAUCUUCAAAACCUACUGUCGUAUUCAUCGGUGUAUUGAUAUUGGGUGGGUGUUUCUGUCUUAGUAGUCACUUUUUUUACAUGUAAAACUUGACAUAGAUGAA